GUCGGCACACGCACACGCAUACAACUAGUUAUGUUAAAACCAUCACAUGCCGCUGCCCUCGGCACACGCUAACGUGCGUCUUCCGCGGACGGAGGUGUUUCACUGUUCGCUCGUACACGCGUCGCGUUCAUUCUUCACUUCUCCUCGUUACUUUUUCACAUCCCGUAUACACUAUUAUCAUUAAUAUUAUUAUUAUUACUAUUAUUAACAUUACUAUCGUCAUCUAUUAUUAUUUUUAUAAUAUUCUUAUCAUUAUUAUUAUUACUAUCGUCCUCUUCGCCGUCUUCGAUAUUUUAAUUAUCGUCUUCUUUGGUACGACGCGGAACAAUAAUAUUUUGAAAAUCGCGAGUGUCUGUGUGUGGGCGGGUGAGAAGGGUGCUGCACCGUACGCAGCAGCUCCGCCGACGACAAUGUUCCGCGGACAAUGUUCGAUUGGCCGGCGGUCGGCGGGUUGACCGUUUGAAUUCGAUUCGUUUUCGGUUUCUCGUUUUUCGUUUCUCGCCGCGACGACGACGACGAGACCCGCCGAAACGGUUUUGAAAAUAUUAUAUUCGCCGUUAUCGCGUCUAUCUCCUAACACCGACCAAAACGACGCCAGUCCAAAAUGAUCGACCGACGACCGGAUUUGGAGGUGAUCGACGUAUCUCAGAACGGGUUAUUAACGGAUAUGGACACGCCACAGUACAGUCUUCGGUGGAACAAUCACCUGGUCCACAUGAUGGACGCCAUCGAAGUGCUACUACAAAACGAAACUCUCGUGGACGUCACGCUGGUUUGUGAAAAGACUCAGUUCAAAGCCCACAAAGUCGUCUUAUCCGCUUGCAGUCCAUAUUUUCAAAGGCUAUUCUCUGAAACCCCGUGCAAACAUCCUGUGAUCGUGCUUAAGGACCUUCCUGACUGGGAGAUGAGAGCCAUCAUACACUUCAUGUACAAAGGGGAGAUUAACGUUGGCCAGGAACAGUUGCCGUUGUUGCUACAGGCUGCUGAAACGCUACAAAUCCGCGGACUGGCCCACACUGAGCGCAUUCCGUUGUUUGUCGAUUCGCCCACUUCGUCGUCGGCGACGCCCACGGACGUCCAACCAUCACCGUCGCAACAGCAACAGCAGCCACCGCUUCCGUCGUCUCAUCACCACGGCGUGGGCGGCCACCAUCACCAUCACCAUCACCACUCCAACAGGGGCCACAGUCCCAGCGGCAGCAAAUCCGGCACGACCGCCGGCCACGAGCUGACGAACGGACAGAGUUCUCCGGGCAAGGGUCACCAUCACCAUCAUCACCACCACAGGCACCGGACCGCCGACUCGCCGCAGAGUCCGCGCAACAAGUCGCAGCCGCCGCCGCACCACGCGCUCGCGCUGCCGCCACCGCACCACCGCGACGGAUCCGCCGGCCGCAUGUCGCCGACCACCAGGAUGUUCUUCCAGGCCGCCGCGGCCGCUGCGGCCGCCGCUGCAGCCAAUCCGUACGAUCCUUCGCACAUCCGCCUGCCACAGAUACAGCACUUGCCACCCAUCACGUUCAGCGACCGGAACUGUCCGUCGCCGACACCUCGCAGGAAACAGGCUCGACCCAGGCGAAGAUCGGGCGAAGCGAUUGGUCCACAAGAUUUGAGCAAAGCUCCUUCUCCGUCGAACUUCAGUAACAAUGUCGCCGAAAAUUUGUCGAUGAAAAAAUCACCGAACAAUGAAAAUAUCAAUAACGAAAACAUGCCGACAAAUUUAAGUUGUAACAGUAAGAGGCCGGAUAGGACACCGUCGCCGUCGGCAAAUAAACAAAUGAAGGUCGAAGUGGAAGAAUCAGAAAUGAUUGGAGACUUGGGACAAAGUCUGCCGGUAGAGUUGACUGCCAACAAUGGCAAUCCGAACGUAAACAACAAUAACAAUAAUAAUAAUAACCAGUCGAGUAACAAAAAGAACCACCACCAUCACCACCAUCAUCAUCUCAACCACCAACAACAGCAUCAGAGGCAUCCGGACUUCCCUUAUUAUGGGCCGGAUCCCAUGAGCAUACCACUUAAUCCACACGAUCCGCACUUUGAGAACUCGCUGUUUCCGCCUUUUGGACCGUUGUCGUCGCUAUCUCUACAAGGACCUCCUCACAUGUUUCCAAUAGAUGCCCAAUUUGGUCUAUUUCCCGGUUUGGACGGCUGUAGAAACCCACUGCUAAACGAACUGAUCGAACCGAGGUUCGACAAUCCACCGCCGAGUAAAAAGAAAAAGAAAAUGUUCCCGGUUGGACGUCCCAAGGGCCAGCACAGCGCUCCCCGCGGAGGCCCUCCCAGGUCGUGGACAAAUGCCGAACUCACGGAAGCGCUACAGCACGUGUGGAACAAGAAGAUGACCACGUCGCAGGCGUCCAGGAUCUUCGGUAUACCGUACAACAGUCUGCUCAUGUACGUGCGUGGCAAAUACGGUAAAUCGCUAAAACUGGAACAGUUGAAAAAAGAAUGUUUCGGUGACAUAAACGGUCCGCUGGACUUGUUGCACUUCGGGUCCAUAUCGAACAAUAACAACAGCAGCAACAAGAACAACAAUAAUAACAAUAACAACAACAGCAACAACAACAACAGCGGUGGCAACAACGGCCAGUCGAAUAUCAACGGUUCCGGUAACAAUAACGGCGGUGGAGGCAACGGCCCGACACUGCAGCCGUGCAACCCGCCCUCGGAACCCGUCGACCUCAUGCUGGGGCCUCCGGGAUUCAACCCACCUGCGUUCCCAACUCCCAACUUUUUCCCGGACUUUGGGUCCACGUUCCCGAUGGGCAUAGACAUGAUACACCUGAUGCACCAGCAACAGCAACACAUGUCGUCGAUGUCGGCGGCCGACAAACACCAGUACUUGGGACUGCAGGACAUGAUCGGCGGCCAGCCGUUGCAGUCGGCCGUCGUGCUGGACUAUGCGAUGAAGUCUCCGGCUGCCAGUCGCAGCAACUCAGAACCACCGACGACGGGUGGCGAGGGUGAUGGCGAUGGUGAUGGUGACGGCGACGGUGAGGGUGAGGGCGAAGGCGACUGCGACGACGAUGACGGGGUCGACGAUUGCGGCGUCGACGACGAGGACGACGAGGACGACGACGACGACGUGGUGGCCAUGGACUUCUCAAAGGCCGGCGGGAUCGGCGUUGGCGGCGGCGGUGACGUCGGCGGUGGCGCCGGUGACAUCGGUGGUGGCGCCGGUGCCGGUGACGAGGAUGACGGGGUCGACGACGAGGACGACGACGAAGACGUCGACGACGAAAGACUGAGUCCGGAAGCUGAUGACAAGGACAAGGAGCAAGACUGACACGGGGUGUUUAGGGACUACGCGCUGGCGGCGUUCGACGCGGUGCUCCGAACAUAAUUUCGCCAAAGCGGUGUUCUUCGCGUCUUGUGUACCGAAAAAUACGCAUAAGCCCGUCUUGUACACGAGCGCGCGCGUUCCUUGUCCACCACGUGGUCGUCGUCACGGGCUUUCGGCUGAAUCGCCGCCCCGUAUCCCACCCGCAACCAUGUGCGCGCACGCCCUUUACCUACACCCCAAAACCACCCACCCUAAAUCCUGUCAAUCCUUCUUUUUCGCCCUUACCCGUAAUCAAUUUAUAAUAAUAUAUUAUUAUGUCUGUAAAUUAUAAUAUUAUCUAUAAAAAAUAAUAAUAGUAAUUAUAAAUAUAAUAUAAUAUAAUCAUUCGGACGAAUCGUACGGCCGUGGUUCGUAAUCGCGCGUGUAACAUAUAAUAAUCGUUUUUAAUGAUAAGGGAUUGAAAUAAAACAAUAAAAAAUAAUGAAAAAAUUUGGUACGAAAACAAAAAAAAAUGUAAACACA